AUGCCAGGCCAAUGCAAAAUAACUAAUUUUGUAGAUAAUCCUAAUAAGAGAAAAUUUUCUCCUAAACCACCUGAAAAUAAUUGCUCUGAAAUAAUAAAUAUAAAUUUGCAAAAAGCAGAAAUGAAAAGAGCAAAAACCUUAGGAUUUAAAUUAGGUUGGUAUAAGGCUCUUAAAUCGGAAUUUAAUUCUACUUAUUAUUUGAAACUUAUAAAUUUUAUUCAAGAGGAAAGAUUGAAGAAUAUUGUAUUCCCAUUAGAAAGUGAUGUUUUUUCAUGGGCUAAUAUUUUUGAUAUUGAACAGACUAAAGUUGUAAUACUUGGGCAAGAUCCUUAUCAUAAUCCAAAACAAGCUCAUGGGCUAUGCUUUAGUGUUUUACCAUAUGUUCAACCACCUCCAAGUCUAAUCAAUAUAUAUAAAGAACUAAAGACUGACAUUGAUGGCUUUACUCCUCCUAGCCAUGGUUACCUAAAAGGAUGGGCUGAUCAAGGGGUAUUGUUACUCAAUUCCGUUUUGACUGUCCGAGCUAACGAAGCUAAUUCUCACAGAGAUAAAGGUUGGGAAACCUUUACCGAUGCCGUCAUUAACCACCUGAACAUCAAUUUGACGCGAUUGGUUUUCAUUUUAUGGGGAUCCUACGCUCAAAAAAAAUGUCAAAAAAUAGACGACAAAAAGCAUCUGAUACUAAAGUCGGCCCACCCUUCUCCCUUAUCGGCUCACAGAGGUUUUUUUGGGUGCAAACAUUUUUCCAAAACGAACGAAUAUCUAAAGUCAAUCAAUAAAAUCGAAAUCGAUUGGUCACACCUUCCCCUUGAUUGAUUGUUGGUUGAACCUCGUCAUUUUCAUCUAAGAGAAUUACGAAUAGCUCAAAUUACUAGAACAAAAUAAAUAUAUUUUUUUUAAUUUCCUAUUUUUAUGUAAAUAAUUUUAAUCAAUUUUUCUAAUAUAUAGAUUUUUUUUUAUCAAUAUAAAAAUUUAUAUGAAAUUUUA